GCAUCCUCAGCGUAAACAGCUGAGAGUCACAGCAUCCGGAAAAGGUUGAGCCACCGCUUCUCGGCUACAUCGACUGAAAAUCAGACCUAAAUAGUCAUAUUCUCAUUAUUCGAGUUAGCGAAGCUGUUUCUUUAAAAUAGCAAACGAUAUGGAAAGCCUUCUAGACAAUCCUAUGAAAGCAGUGCUGUACUUGAAGGAAUUGACUACCAUUGUGCAGAACCAGCAGAGUCUCAUACAGACGCAGCGACAGAGAAUUGACGAGCUCGAGCGUAAGGUAGAGGAUUUGAUCGGCGAAAACCGACAGCUGCGAGAACCAAAUCAGUUUUUCCAUCACCAUCAUCCAUCUCCAGGAAGCCCUACUACGCAACCUCCCGUGCACCUUCAGCAGCAGUCGGCCCCCGGAAAAGUGAUUCUUCCAGGUCAGACUUUGCAGCCAGUUUCCUUUCAGUCGCAGCCUCCGCAACAUCCUGCUCCACCACCACCGACUCUCCAUAAUCCGCAGCACCUGCAAUUGGUGCUAACCUCCCCACCAUCUCCAAAAACGGGUCAGCCCAGCCCUGCGCAAGAGGACAAACGGAGCCCGUGCUGCACAUCUUUGGUUCCACAAACUCCAUCGACCCUCGGCCGCUCACUGGGGCUUGCCAGGAAGGCCGAGAAUCAGACUGUCUUGCACCAGUUUUGCUGCCCUGCCCCUGAUGCCGUUGAGGUCGACUCUCAGUCCUGUGUUCCCAGUGAGGUUGAGGCACCGCACCCAGAAGGUGCUGUGAGGGAGGCCAGCGCUGCCGUGCAUGAAGGAGGCUCUGAGGAGACACAGCAGGAAGUGGGCAGCGCUAUAUUUACAAAAACAGGAGAGGGAAGUGAAGGAGUUGGCUUUGAGUACAAACAGGAGCAGACCGAGCAGGAGCUGCAGGGGAAUGAGGAGGAGAAGGACGAGGAUGUAAAGUUGGAUGAAGAUAAGGCAAAGCUGAAUGUGGAAGAGCAGGAGCAGGAGCAGCAGCCACACCAGCAGGAAGAUGAAGAGGAGGGGGGAGGAGGCUGUUGGGGUGCAGGGAGAAGAGCCAGUCUGCACCACACAGCAUCUCCCAUACGAGUGCAAAGGAACAGCACCUGCUCCCAUGCUCAAUCUGUGGCUGACUAUGAACUCUCACUUGACCUCAAAAACAAGCAGAUCGAAAUGCUAGAGCACAAAUAUGGGGGUCAUCUCAUCUCUCGCCGUGCCGCCUGCAAGAUCCAGACAGCCUUCCGCCAGUACCAGCUCAGCAAGAACUUUGAGAAGAUCCGCAACUCGUUGCUGGAGAGCCGCCUGCCACGUCGCAUCUCGCUGCGCAAAGUGCGCGUGCAGAAUACAGAGGGCUUCUCAGCUGAGCGGGCGCUGGCAGAGGGAUGUGGGUUGGCGGGUCUUCCCUUGGCACGCUCCCCAUCCUUACCAGCCACUGUUGGGGGGACUCUUACAGAUCUAGAGGAUUCUUUUAAUGAACAAGUGCAGUCACUGGCCAAGUCCAUUGAUGAUGCGCUUAGUAAUUGGAGCCUGAAGACUAUAUGUUCUCUCCAGGAUGGUAGCACAUAUCAAUUUAGUAGUGAUAGCUUCAGCUCAGUGCGGACACAUCAGGGUCUUGGAGAAGAAGGAGACAUGUUGAACCCGACAGCGCUCCAAAGCCACAUAACAACACAGGUAGAGAAUCAUGAAAAUGUGUCUCGCAAUACCAGCAAGUUGAUGAUGGCUUUUCGGGAUGUGACCGUGCAGAUUGAUAGCCAGAACUUCCACAUGUCAUCCUCUGUGAUGGAGUCCUCUACUUCUGUGUCACUGGGAAAUUUUGUCCAACUGGGAGAUGCAGGGGAAGAUCCAAGAGAUUCACAAUUCAUGCCAAAAGAGAAUACUGUGGCAGCAGAACAGCAGCAGCUUCUAGCUAACCGCGAGGAACCAACUCUUGUUGUGCCAGAGACUGAGGAGGUCCUGGAUGGAGAUUUUCCUGCACCUCCAUCCAUUGUGGAAGAGAUUGUGGAGGAAGAACAGCCACAGCAGGAAGAGAAACCUCUUCUAGUACCUCUAGUCUUAGAGAAAGAAGAGGUUUCAGAGGAGGAAUUCACAAUAAAAAGCACACACGACUCCUCCACUGCUGUAGCACCUCCACAGGCAGUAAGUGGUGGUAUAAGCACAUCUCCGGUAUUAGAGGUGCUGGAAUCCAAGCACAGUGAAUUAGAGGCAACAGACAACAGCUCAGAACAGAUGAGCAGUAGCAGCACAUCAACUUCUGCCCGCUCUGCCUCUGAGGCUUCAUCCAAAGAAGCCCUUCAGACUAUGAUCCUCAGUCUACCACGUUAUCACUGUGAGAACCCAGUCAGUUGCAAGUCCCCCACGCUUUCCACUGACAUUAUGCGGAAGCGUCUCUACCGCAUUGGCCUCAACCUUUUCAACAUAAACCCAGACAAAGGCCUUCAGUUCCUCAUCUCUCGUGGCUUCAUUCCAGACACACCCAUUGGUGUGGCCCAUUUCCUUCUUCAGAGGAAAGGUCUAAGUCGACAGAUGAUUGGAGAGUUUCUAGGCAACAGCAAGAAGCCCUUCAACCGAGAUGUGCUUGAUUGUGUAGUGGAUGAGAUGGACUUUUCGGGGAUGGAAUUGGAUGAGGCACUAAGAAAAUUCCAGGCACAUAUUCGAGUUCAAGGAGAGGCACAAAAGGUGGAGAGACUUAUUGAGGCCUUCAGCCAACGCUACUGCAUGUGUAACCCAGAUGUGGUACAGCAAUUCCAUAAUCCAGACACCAUCUUCAUCUUGGCUUUUGCCAUCAUUCUCCUCAACACAGAUAUGUACAGCCCCAACAUUAAACCUGACCGUAAGAUGAUGCUGGAGGAUUUCAUCCGGAACUUGAGAGGUGUGGAUGAUGGAGCUGAUAUACCACGGGAUACGGUUGUAGGUAUUUAUGAGCGUAUACAGCUGAGGGAACUACGCUCCAAUGAGGAUCAUGUCACCUAUGUCACCAAGGUGGAGCAAAGCAUCGUUGGAAUGAAGACAGUGCUCUCAGUACCCCAUAGGCGACUUGUCUGCUGCAGCCGACUCUUUGAAGUAGCUGAUGUAAACAAGGCUCAAAAACAGGCUGCCCAUCAGAGGGAGGUCUUUCUUUUCAAUGACCUCAUUGUGAUCCUGAAGCUGUGUCCAAAGAAGAAGAGUCCUGCAGCCUACUCCUUUUGCAAAGCCAUGGGACUGUUGGGCAUGCAGUUCCACCUGUUUGAGAAUGAGCAUGGAAUCCCUACGGGCUACUCUGUGGUGAUGCCAAAGAAUGAUGAUUACUCCCAUGGCAUCACAAUCUUAUCUCCAUUUUCUGGUCUUGACAAGAAGCAGACCUUGAAUUUCUGUGCUCAGAGUGCAGAGGAACUGCUGAAAUUUGUGGAGGACCUGAAGGAGUCUAUUGCUGAGGUGUCUGAGAUGGAGCAGAUACGAAUUGAAUGGGAACUUGAGAAGCAGCAGGGGAUGAAGCUGCACUCAGCCAAGAGCAACAGCAGCCAGUUUGAAAUGCGAGACAGACAGGGCUUCCCAUCAGGAAGGCGGGAUUUUGAUGACAAGAGUGGAAAUGGUGCAGUAGAGGUGUCAAUUCACAACAGGCUUCAGAAGUACCAGUUCAACAACCCAUGGAGCCUUGAGAGCACCUCAUGGAGAGCACCCCAUGGAGCCCUAUCUAACCAGCAGGGGGAGCCUUUGCAGUUGCAAUGCCAGUCUCAACAACUCUCAGCAUCCACUUCACCAGCCCACAUCCAUCAUCCGGUUUCCCUGCAUAAGCUGCAGCCAAACACCCUCAUCCAUUGUCAACAGAUUGUGAAGGUGAUCAUCCUGGACAAGAGUGGCCAAGUGUGCGUGGAAGCCUAGAACAGUUGUAGUAGUCCCUCACAGCACCAGCUUAUCCAGUGUAUGGUGCUGCACAACUGUGCUCACCCAACAGGAGUGGAUCCUCACAGAGGAGGAACAGCUCCCAGCCUCCCUUCCCCCCCUCCACCACCCCCUAACAACUUCCACCAUCAGUACAUUCCCUCUUAUCCACAGCUUGGCUCACAGGACAUUAUGUGAUGCCCUUCCAACACAUCACAACCAAAUGAAACUGUGUACAUAUAUAGAACAUAUAGAACAUCAAUAACAUCUACAUACUGUGUAUUUAUUGAAAUUUCAAGAAGGAAAAAAAUGAUAUAAGUAAUAAUGAAAGUAUUUGCAUAAUAUUUGCAGACCAUAUAUGAAGUUAAAAUAGUUGAUAAAAUGAAAGCUUGAUUUAUCUGUAUUUUUAAAAAAUUAAGUAGUUUAGAUUUUUUUGUCUUAUAUGUCUUGUUCAUUAUCAAAUUUUUGACAUAGAUAUCAGUCCAAAAUGAAUUACUGCAUUACACCCUGAAAAUACAAGGAAAUAUUUAAUUCUCUUCAUACUCUUCUGUAUACAGAUCUUGAACUUUGACACAUCCAGAGUUGUAUACCUGGACACAAUAUUAUCUCUGUACUGUUGAUUAUUAACUCCUUUAUUCUCUCAAUCACACAGGACUUUUUUCCCUUCUCCAUUCACUCAGUGAAAUCAAUUUUAUAAAAUCUGGGCGGCAAACCUUGUGUUAGCAUAGUGGAGUUGUGGUGGCUUAUUCCCUAUGAGCCAUAUUCGGGCUUAUUCCCUAUGAGCCGUAUUCUCCCCAGUGUGCAAGUCAAGCACUUGUCAGCCUAUGCUUGUCGUCUUAAGUCUGCAAUUUGCACAACAUUGAAGGCAUGUGUGUGCUUCGGGCAGAGCAACCCCAAAAUCAGAGUGUAAAUAUUAUUUUUGUGUAUGUUGCCCUUGACUUAGCUUUUGAGCUAUACACCUCUGAGGGCUGUAGUGAGUAAAGUGCCACUACAAGGACAACAACAUAUCACAUUGAGGUCAGCAGUAGGCCUACAGUAGUUCUAAUAUUAUUAUUAGAACUGUCAUAGUUAACAUGAUAAUAAUGCGUCAACCCAAUCUCACUCACACUGUUAAAAAAUGUGCGCCAUUAACACAGGUUCUAACAAAUAGCCAGUCUGCACGGAAGCAGCCACAGUGUCAAGUCAAGGGAUUCUGAUGAUGUGCACUCCAUUAAAAUACCAUUUCUGUGUGAGAUGGCAUAUAGCCAACUGCCAGUUUUGUUGAUCUUUAAAUGAAUAAAGGUGUUAAGUAUCUGAUAGCAGGUUAUAAUUACACAUUGUUAUGAUUAGAUUUUUACAGGCAUACUAGCAUUAUAUCUCUUGGUAGAUCUAUAAAGAGGAGGAUUUUCAUUGCUCUCCUGUAUGUUUACAGCCUGGUUACAUUUCAGCAAAUUGAUAUUUUCCCAAAUAAUAUUAUGCAUAUAAUGUAAAUGCUUAAAAUAGGUUCAUUAUAAAAAAAAAAACAGAAACAGACAAUAAUAUGAAAUCAAAGCCUAUAUAUCGGACAUGUAUUUUGUCUAUAUGCACUAUUCAUGCAGUUCAAUCAUGUUCUGCAGAACAAUGUCUCUAUAAUAGUCAAUAAAUGUUAUAUCAUUGAAAAGAUCUCAUUCUUAUCUUUCACCUGACAUGAACUUGUAAUACUAUUUUUUCUUAGAUCUUCAUUUAAGUAGUAUUGCCUUUUUCAAAAUGUCCUUGGUGAAAAGAAUUCUGCUGGGGUGUAAAGGGUUAAUUGCAUGUAAAAUUGUAAGGAGCUCGAAGUGUUAUUAUUGCAAGAUUGCUUUUGUAUAUCCAGAGAAUGUGUGCCCAUUUUACUAAAUUUUUUACUAAUAUUUUGCUGAAUUGUGCUCUCAUUUCACUAGAUUGGUUGUUACAUAGGGCACUCCUUUUAAUAGUGUGCUUGUUUGUAGCAUGCUUAUUUUACAUAAAAUUAAAUGAAAGCACCAUUUGGUAAAAUGAGUGCACAAUUUAGCAAACAAAGCCAGAAUUUAGUAAAAUGUGUGUAAUAUUUAGUCAAAUGAAGACAUUAUUUAGGAAAAUGAGUGCACAAUCUAGUAAAACAAGAGCACAAUUUAGUAAAAUGAAUGUACAGUUUAGUAAAAUUUUGUGUAUAUCGAUUUUUACAAUUUAGUAAAAAUUGAUAUACACAAAAAAUAUCUUGCAAUGACACUUUCUGGGUCUGUAGAACCUGAUUUCCCAAUAAUGUAAUAAAAAAAACCUUAUAACUCCAAAAAACAUGUAAUAAUACCUGAUAAUGUAAUAAUCCCUGAUAAUGUAAUAAAGUGCAUUUCCCAAUAAAAUAAUUAUCUCUGAACCAGUAAUGUAACAAAUUAUUACAUUAA